AAAAAAAUGUCCACAAUCAAGAAAACAUUACCAAGACCAAAGCAAUAAAAAUGUGAAAUUUGUUAGAGAAAUUUCUCUUUGUAAUUUAUGUUUUAUAUAUAAGAUUAUUAUUAUAACAUUAAUGUAAAAGAUGUCAGCGAGCAGUUUGUUGUGAUUGUGGAAAGUUUAAAGCGAUUGUAUCAUUUCAGAUAAAAUAAGAUUGUUGAUUAUGAUCUCAAAACUUAACAUAGAUGUUGUAUUAUAUGUAGAGAUGAAUAACUCUAUGUUCAAGAUAUCAUUGUUAAAGAAUAAUUAUCUUUUAACAAAAAUUCCCUUAUAACUAAAUAAUGGCUUAGAUAUUGUCAUGAAAAGUAUCAAUAAUUAUAAAUUAGUACUCGAGAACAAGAUCUUACUGAGUAAUAUUACAAGAUUUUAGAUUAAAGUAAAAAGAACUUAUCUAUUUCAAAAUUUGAAGAAUUAAAAUAUAUUCCAACAAUUUUAACUUAAGUAUUCUUUAAAUCUAAUUAAAUAGCUUUAAAAUUAGUAUAAUUACUCUAUGAAAGAAUUUGAUUAUUAUUUAACAAAAGAUUUAAUGGAUAACAUGGCUGUUAUAUAUAUAUCAUCUAUAAUACAAUGUUUACUUUAUUAAAAUCCUAAUUUAAAAUGUACAUAAGUAAAAUAUUAAGUUUAAUUCUAGAAUUUAGUUUAAAUGACAUAUUUUUUAUUAUAUUUUCAUUCACAACCACUUGUUUUUUACUUUAUUAAUUGUUUCAGAGAAGAAAUUAGUUUAGGAAGAUUCCUAGAUUAAAAUGAAAAGAUAAAAGAUGUUGAGAUAGAUUUUCUUUUAGAAAUAGGGAAAACAAACUAUUUAAUUGAACCAACAGAUUUGCUUUAUUUUAGGAAAUAUUUAGAAAGGUAUGCAGAAAAAAUGUUGUCAAAUAUUUUCAUAAAUUUUAUGAAUGUAUAAUAAUAUUAAUUUAGGUUUAAUGUUUAAUUUUUAUUUAUGAUCAUGUUUUAAAAUUUAGAGAUUAUUUUGAAUUAGAGAAAAUGGUUGCUUUGCUUGGAUCUUUAUAUUUAAAUGAUUUCAAAUAAAAAGGAUUAGAUGAAGAUUUCUUUAUAAAUUAAAUAAUAAAGAACACUAAAUAAUCAAUUUUAAAAGAAUAUUUAAGUAAAGAGGAUAGGAUUAGAUUAAAUGAUAAAAGAUAAACAUAUUCAAAGAGUGAAGAUUUAUUUCUUUUAUAAAUAUAACAACGAAUGGAUCAUCAAAAUGAAACAAAACAAAUUCUUUAUUUAUUAGAUGAUUGCUUAUUAAAAUAAUAACCACUAAAUAAUCAUCAUCGAUAACUUAUAUCCUAAUUGAAUUAAAAAUAAUAAUAAAUAAUAACUGAUUUAUUAAAAAUCCAUUAAAGUAAACCUAAAGAAUAAGAGGAAAGUGCUUUAUAUAACAAGAAUCAAACUCAUUCUAAUUCAUCUACUUAAAUUAAAUUUGAAAAAAGUGAAUUAGGAGAUUAAAAUAAAGCUUUGAUAGAUGAUUUUAUCUGA